CCCUCCCCCGCCCUUUUUCCUUUUGUAAUGUCACCAUGAGCUCUGUUUUGAGCAGCUUUCAUUGUUCCCCAAAGACUUUGGGUUGCUCUGUGGGUAUCACAAAAACUGAAAUCCAAUCCCGAUUCUUCUCAGGGCUUCGGGGAAGUGGAACCAUGGGUGUGUUUGUCAUUUUUAGCAGCCAUUGGCGUACAGCCAAAGCUUCAGGAGAUACUAAAAGUACUUAGCACCGCCCGAUUGGCUGCUGGAAUUAGCUGUUACACAAAGCAGCCAGUAACGGAGCGCCGGGGACCUUCCUGAACUCCAGUUGGGUGGGAGAACAUCCAGCGUGUGCGUGUCGGCUUGAACUGGGACGGAAGGCAGGAUGCGGGGCUCAGCGGGCUGGCGACGGGGCCGCUGAUAAAAGCGCUCUCUGGCCUUUGUCCGGGAGUUUCGCCUCGUCUCAGACGCUUCCUUCCUUUGUCACCGCUCUGCCCGUGCUGUCCCGCCAGGUCAGGUUGACUGACAAGCGGAAGAGCAGCCCAGAGAGGCGCUGGGCUCAUGUCCCACGAUCAGUCCAACCCGGGGGCGAGGCACCGCGAGACACAAAGGGAUUCUGUUCUGCAGACUGAACGCAGAAAGAAGGAAAGGGGGAUUUUGGACACAGACCUGGACUCCCUCCCUCCCUCCCUGGUCGGGGAGCGGACUCUGUUGUAGACGCCUCAGAGAAAGUGUGUGCACUGGUAGAUUAGCUUUUCCUGCAGCUACUUCUGAAAUCUUUCCACGCAAUAAACAAAACCCAUUUUGAAAGAACCCUUCCACUGGCACAAUUGAAAAGAAAUCCCUCCAAAGCCACACGCGCCUUACCAAUGCCACCUGAAUCGUCACCCAGCGGCCCCAACAGAACGUGCCAAAGGCCAGACUUUUCACAAAGACUGGAGCUUAGACUGUGACACCAGUCACAUAAGUGAGAACAAGCUUUGGUGUAAGACUUGGAAAAGUAUAUUUCAUUCUGUUUAUUUUUCACAGAAAUAGCAAGAUGAAGUGCACUGUAAAUCCAGGCCUCCCUGGGGGCCUACGGGUUGAGUCUCAGUGCUAUCACCUCUAGGGCCUGAGUUCGAUCCCGGCCAGGGACCUGACCCACAGGGCACAGCCGACCUCUCCUGUCUCCCCACUGUCUCUGGUGAAUCCUCCACCCACCCCUCCCCGCACCUCUGGUCUGUGCCCCGGUUCUUCUACAUGCAAAAAAAAAAAUAGUAUCGUGAAUCAUUGUAAAGAUGACCGUAUCAUCUCAGCAUCAGCUAAACCAAGUAAGUACUAUGAUGCACACUUAAAAUAACAGCACAAUGCACAUAAUUUACAAGGCAGCCAAGCUAGUAGCACGUCUGGGUUACACUCCCUGAGCACUUACCUGGAGAUCGGGGUGGGCCCGGGAGACAUUCGCAGCCAAAAUGACACCAAGUGAAAGGUAAAUGACCUUCCAGCCAAGCUGGUGAAAUACUUCGGUGGAUGUUAAGUCACUUCUGACGUAGGAAGUUGCAAAGGUAGACUCCUUUUUGUGCCUGUGUUGGAGGCCAGUUGCCAUGAGCGCGAAUGGAUAGGGUUUCAAAUGGUAAAAGCAGCUCUUCAGAGCCUCCGAGGAAGCAGAUGUCAAAAAGGUAGGUACAUGUGUUCUCAGUAGCCACGAAAUUCCUGUCAGGAGGCACUAAGCACAUGGGUAGUUUCACCUGGGGGCAGGAGUGGUGCCCAACACCAGCCUUCUUCCUUCAGCAAGGUCCGCACAAGGCCUUUCCCGGACACUUUCUCUGAUGUUUAAGCUCCUGUGGUUUGGAUGGAGAAGGGCAUAAUCACCCAUUUCCAGAUCAGAAAACAGCCCAGGUUACAGCUCACCCCCAUUCUCCCGUAGACCUUUGAGAAGCACUAACACCUUUCACAUCCUCCUGCCCCCAGGAGAGCAAAGGCCAGCAGACGCCACCAAAUCCUCCUGGCUGCCACCCUCUGCUCACUUCUCAGCUGUUUCAGUCACACCUGACAACUCGAGGGUGCUGACCAGGCUCAGCCACGGGCCCAAUGAGUUCCCAGAGUUUAUUCCGCUUUCCAGCUUGCCUGGCCAGGCUGCACGCAGCGCCCUGGGGACAGCAGCUGUGGGAGAAGCCAGCCUGGCUCUCCCCAGGCCCAGCCCCUCCAGUGCAGCGGGCCGGCAAGAAGGACCACCCUGCUCUGCUGGCCCUGGACGAGGGGGAUCUCGAAGAGCAGUUUGUCAAAGGACAUGGUCCAGGGGGCCAAGCAACCAACAAAACCAGCAACUGCGUGGUGCUCAAGCACGUCCCCUCGGGCGUCGUCGUCAAGUGCCAUCAGACAAGAUCUGUGGAUCAGAACCGAAAGCUAGCUCGGAAAAUCCUUCAAGAGAAAGUGGACGUCUUCUACAACGGGGAAGACAGCCCUGUUUACAGAGAAAAGCGAGAGGCAGAGAAGAAAAAGCAGGAAAAGAAAAAAAGAACAAAGGAGACCCUCGCAAAGAAGAAACUACUGAAAGAACAAUGGGAAUCAUGUAAGAAUGGCCACUGAGGAAGCCGCAGCCUGCCAGGCGCUGCAGGUCUGAGGUGACCAGUCCCGUCGCCAGCGUUACUGUCGAGCUUUGAAAGGACCGUUUCUGACAGAUGUAAAAGUCAUCCAGGCCUUCGCAUGGUGGACUAACGUCGUCGAGAUGCACACUUCAAGAACAAAGUCGUGGAUAGGUUAUUGCUGUAAAGGAAAGCGGCCAUUGCUGGGGGAGGGCUGCCCUCGGGGUGCAGCCCGGGAGGGGCUUCAGGUACACUCACAAGGAGGCCGUCUUACUGUUUUUAACUACGUGCCCAUGUGAGCUUUAUCAUCAUCAAGCUGGUUCCACCGGCUUGGGAGUCUCACUUUAUUUCUGUUCCUUUUCUCCAUAAUAAACUUUUUCUUUCUCUAAACAAAAAAAAAGAGCACUAAAACUAGAACAACCUUUUAAAAAGUAUUCAUAUCAAACAUUAAUCAUGUUUGGUGGGGGGGUGGGGAGG